AUGUCUCCUCCGUCCAGCUCAGACAUAUCACAACAGGCUACUCCACUGGAUCAUGCUCAGGACACUGCUACCUCGACAGCAACGCUCAAGCCUUCCACCCCUAUGACCACGACCGCCGCCCAGUUCACCAAUAUCGAGUCAAAACCAUACGUCGAUCCCACGCCGGCCACCCCUUGGACCUCUCGGCCCCCCUCGAGAACCCCUUCCAGUGCCACCGACCGCCCUCGGCUGUCCCUAGAUUCUAUACAGGGUCGCUCGGAUGACGAGAGACGCUAUACAAGCGAAGAUGAGCGGGAUAAUGAUGGGUCCGAGAUACAGAACAUCAUGGCGCAAUUCAGGGAGGGGGGCGGUGGACCAGGCGAGGAAGAGGUUAUGAGUCCUCGACUCGAGAUCGCAUCCCCCUUCUCCACGGCCUCGAUACAACACCAAACUCGAAGAUCCAGCCUGGAGCCUGUCGGGCCGGGGAUCUCUCAGCAGUUGCAGGGCUUGCGGCUGGAGAUCAGCUCUCCGGCCAGCUUGGCCUCCAAGGGCAAGGACCCCGAAGACCAAGGACCACCAGUGCCCCCAAAGGAUCUCUCGAUACGCUCCGGAAGGACGGGUCAGCUCAUCAAGGAGGACCGCGACAUUGGCUCUCCGUUAUCACCAACAGUCUCUUUGCAUAGGCCACCUCCACCGGAGCCUGAGCCUGAAUCGGCAUUGCCGUUCGACUUCCACAGAUUCUUGGAGCAGCUGCGCAACAAGAAGGCUGACCCAGUUGCGAAAUACCUGCGGUCUUUCCUCAACGAGUUUGGCAAGCGGCAAUGGAUGGUGCACGAGCAGGUCAAGAUCAUCAGCGACUUUCUUGCCUUCAUUGCCAACAAGAUGGCUCUCUGUGAUGUGUGGAAGGACGUGUCCGAUGCUGAGUUCGACAAUGCAAGGGAGGGCAUGGAAAAGCUUGUCAUGAAUCGACUCUAUACGCAGACAUUUUCACCUGCAAUUCCACCACCACAGCCCAUACCAGGAGGGAAACCGCGGAGGAAAGGUGGCGAGCGGCCCAUGGGACCAGGGCGCAGGGGACAACACCAAGAGGACGUGGAGCGUGAUGAAGUGGUUGCGCAGAAGAUCAAUAUUUACGGCUGGGUUCGAGAGGAGCACCUGGACAUCCAACAGGUUGGUGACAGCGGGAAGCGCUUUCUGAAACUUGCCCAACAAGAACUCCUUAAGAUCAAGUCCUAUCGGGCGCCGAGAGACAAGAUUAUCUGUAUCUUGAACUGCUGCAAAGUCAUUUUUGGCCUCCUCAAACACUCGAAAGCCGACUCGUCUGCGGAUUCAUUCAUGCCAUUACUGAUUUACGUCACCCUGCAAGCAAAUCCCGAGCAUAUAGUAUCCAACGUUCAGUACAUACUUAGGUUCCGUAACCAGGACAAGCUUGGUGGCGAAGCUGGCUACUAUCUGUCCUCGUUGAUGGGCGCCAUUCAGUUCAUCGAGAACAUGGAUCGCACGACACUCACGAUCACCGACGAAGAGUUUGAGAAGAAUGUUGAGGCUGCUGUCUCCGCCAUCGCCGAAAAGCACAGGCUGGAAUCUCCACGCACUUCCACCACCCUUGAGAGGCCAACACAGCUAUUCGGCGGGCCAGGCGAGCCCUCGUCGGCCAGACAGUCCAUGGAUCACAACACGGCAGCUCAAUCAUCUUACUCACCUCGGCAGUCCACCUCUUCAAAUGACGACAAUGGCGAAUACGAUGAAAAGGCCGCCAUCACUGGGCUCCUUCGGUCCAUCCAGAAACCCCUCUCGACCAUCGGAAGAAUGUUCUCCGACGACGGCGACGCGCCCGCCCAGUCAAGCUCCUCAGCCCGCAGCCCAUCACACACGCCCAACCCACCACCAGGCGGGGAUAGCAGCCGCAGAAGUGCAAGCGCCCACGGUCGGUAUUCUGCCGAGGAGGCAGCGGCCAGACAGGCCAGCGCUGAAGUUGCGGAAGCUCAGAGGAUCAACCGGGCUGAACAUGCCAACAUCGUCGAAACACUGGCCGGCAUGUUCCCAGAUCUAGACAAGGAGAUCAUCAGUGAUGUGGUCUAUCAGAAGGAAGGACGAGUCGGACUAGCGGUGGAUGCGUGCCUUGCGCUUUCAGCAUGA